AUGGCAACCAAGGACGGCAGCACUUGGCGCCGCUGUCGUUUUCUGGGUGUUCGGAUGGAACGACUCCUGGUGGUCGGGUACAAGUCGCUCCUAGUUCGUCCUCGCCAGGAUACGCAUGGAAAAGAGGACUGCCUUGAUUCGGGGAUUGCUUUGUUUGAUUGGUGCAAUCCUGAUUCCUUAUCUCUUGUGUCGGCGCGCUUUCAUCCUAUGCGAUCAUCAUCAUCCGCUACCAGGGCUUUCCGGUUAGCCAUGGAGGGUCGCGAGCUCUUGUUUGGUUGGAAGGAAGUUCCAGAAAUGAAGAUUCCAUGGCCACAUUGUGGAAAAGUUCUGGUCGUCAGCUUGCUGGAGCCACUGAUACCAUAUCUCUGGACCAAAUCCCAUAUUGCCAUGUUCCUGGCGUUGUCGAUCUGA